GGGCCCAGCUGUCGGUUGCGUGGGCCUGACGGCGACUCCAGGAUGAAGCAGAAGAGGAAAGGCGAUUUGAGCUCAGCAGAGCUGAUGAUCCUGACCAUCGGCGACAUCAUCAAGCAGUUGGUUGAUGCCCACGAACAGGGGAAAGAUGUCAAUCUCAACCGGCUGAAGACGAAGACAGCCGCCAAGUAUGGGCUGUCGGCGCAGCCACGCUUGGUGGACAUCAUCGCAGCCGUACCUCCUCAGCACCGCAAGGUCCUGGUGCCCAAGCUGAAGGCCAAGCCCAUCAGGACUGCCAGCGGGAUUGCAGUUGUGGCAGUGAUGUGCAAACCCCACCGGUGCCCCCACCUCAGCUUCACUGGAAACAUAUGCGUGUACUGCCCCGGGGGGCCCGACUCAGAUUUUGAAUAUUCCACCCAGUCUUACACAGGAUACGAGCCCACGUCCAUGCGAGCCAUCCGGGCCCGAUAUGACCCCUACCUCCAGACGCGGCACCGGCUAGAACAGCUGAAGCAGUUGGGCCACAGUGUAGACAAAGUGGAGUUCAUCGUCAUGGGAGGCACCUUCAUGGCUCUCCCCGAGGACUACCGAGACUACUUUAUCCGAAACCUUCACGACGCCCUGUCGGGACACACGUCCAGCAACGUCUCGGAGGCGGUCAGGUACUCGGAGCGGAGUCUGACCAGGUGCAUCGGGAUCACCAUUGAGACGCGACCCGACUACUGCCUUAAGCGCCACCUGAGCGACAUGCUGGCGUACGGCUGCACGCGGCUGGAGAUCGGCGUGCAGAGCGUCUAUGAGGAUGUGGCCCGAGACACCAACAGGGGCCACACUGUGAGGGCCGUGUGUGAGUCCUUCCAGCUGGCCAAGGACGCCGGCUUCAAAGUGGUGGCCCACAUGAUGCCGGACCUGCCCAACGUGGGUCUCGAGAGGGACGUCCAGCAGUUCAUUGAGUUUUUUGAGAACCCAGCCUUCCGCCCUGAUGGCAUGAAGCUGUACCCCACGCUGGUGAUCCGGGGAACCGGCCUGUAUGAGCUCUGGAAGUCGGGGCGCUACAAGAGCUACUCUCCCAGCACCCUGGUCGAUCUGGUGGCCCGCAUCCUAGCCCUCGUCCCUCCCUGGACGCGUGUGUACCGGGUCCAGAGAGAUAUCCCCAUGCCGCUGGUCACCUCCGGGGUGGAGCAUGGAAACCUGCGGGAGCUGGCGCUCGCCAGAAUGAAGGAUCUCGGGACUGAGUGCCGGGACGUGAGAACCAGAGAGGUGGGGGUCCAGGAAAUCCAUCACAAAGUGAGGCCAUUCCAGGUGGAGCUGGUUCGGCGGGACUACGUGGCCAACGGGGGCUGGGAGACGUUCCUGAGCUACGAAGACCCCGACCAGGACAUCCUGAUCGGCCUCCUGCGCCUGCGCAAGUGCUCGGCUGACACUUUUCGGCCGGAGCUGACCGGAGGCGUGUCCAUCGUCCGCGAGCUGCACGUCUACGGGAGCGUCGUCCCCGUCAGCAGCCGGGACCCCUCCAAGUUCCAGCACCAGGGUUUUGGGAUGCUGCUCAUGGAGGAAGCCGAGCGCAUCGCCCAGGAGGAGCACGGGGCACGGAAAAUCGCCGUCAUUUCAGGUGUGGGCACCAGGAACUAUUACCGCAAGAUGGGCUACGAGCUGCAAGGGCCGUACAUGGUCAAGAGGCUGGACUGACCCCUCCUUACCGGGACCAGAACUCAGCAACCACCCGUGGGGGCGGGGGGCGAGGAAUAAAAAAAAAAAAACCCAGUCAAGCUGGACCCGAACUGAAUUGUGCCUCCGGCCUAAGGGUCUGUCCUGCGCCCCACUCUCUCCAGUCUGAGGGAGGCUCUAGCCCUGGUGAAGAGCCCCCCACACUUUCCUCCUCUCCGGGCUGGAAUUAAGAAGACCCUACCCCCUGACGUCUAUCCCCCCCCACCUCCGGUUUAGACGACUGGGUAGUUGGAAAGCUGGGGAAAGGACAUAGAAACAGCGGAAACUCAAGGUCCAUCAACCAGUCAGUCC